UUCACAAUCGAGUUGAACACAAACUUGAAACGCUGGCUCAGAUUCUGACUGAGCAAGCAGUUAGCUGGUUACACUAGAGAAGAUGCUAACACUAAUACAUGCAGAACAUAGGUUCAAAUAUUCAACAUAUAUGCACCAUUAAUAAAAGACAAGCAUCGACAUUAUUAUGGUGCAGGGCGCAGUGCUCGACUGUAUCCUUGGUGCAUCUAAGUGUCCUGAGUGAAAAGUCAAAGGUCGCCGUACAGCCAAUCAGAUCGCUGAGAAAGGAGACGCUCACGGCCAACAUGGCGGCGUUCAUGAGAGGCGUGAGUCGCGGCCAGACAGCGGUCGAAACGUUUACAUUUUUAACAAUCCGAGCAAAUCAAACGAUCGACGCGAAGAGAUAUGUCAGGGCCCUCCGACGAACACCCGUCAAAGUGAUAUAUCCAGAAAGCGAGGCCGCGGAAACGAAAACGAGAAAAACGACCGCGAAAGUAAAGGACCAGUCCAAAGCCGACCAGUUUGACAAUAAGACGCUCCCGAAGUACUGGAGACCAGGAGGAGACGACAACAGCAAAACCAAACCAAAGCCGCAGCCCAGUGAGACCAACGAGAAGAGACCGAGACCGACACAGCCUUUCAAUUCGGAACCGCUGAAAAACAGCGUCCGAGCGAACACGCCUCCCAAAGACACACGGGACAGAGACGAACUCGAGGGGCUGAGAUACGACAAAGCCUACCCAGGAGACAAGAGAUUAGCGAAGGUGGUGACUAUCGUGAAGUCGAGGAGGUUUCGGGAGCAGCAUGGAAAGAUCUUGCUGGAAGGCCGGCGGCUGAUCACGGACGCGCUGGGAUCCGGGGCGGUGCUGCAGACGCUCUUCUUCAGCUCGCUCGACGCGCUCAAGGAGCUGCCGCUGGACAAGCUGCGGAGGGUCAACCUCAUCAAAGUGAAGUUCGACCACAUCAAGGUCUGGUCAGAUCUCGUCACGCCGCAGGGCAUCAUGGCUAUCUUUGCCAGGCCAGAUCACUCAAAGAUGACCUACCCUGCCGAGCAGCUGGAGCACUCCCUGCCCCUGUCGCUGAUCUGCGACAACAUCCGGGACCCGGGGAAUCUGGGAACCAUCCUGCGGUGUGCAGCCGGAGCGGGGUGCAGCAGAGCGCUCCUCACCAAGGGUUGCGUGGAUGUUUGGGAGCCCAAGGUGCUGCGGGCCGCUAUGGGGGCUCACUUCCGACUCCCCGUCAUCCCUAACCUGGAGUGGGACGAGAUUCCAAACUACCUCCCCAGCAGUACUACCGUCCACCUAGCAGAUAACUGCAGCUCCCCCUCGGAGAGCCGGGGCUCGGACAGGCUCAAAGCCGGGGACUAUGGGUGGGUGUCCAGCCGACCAAACCCAAAGAGAAUCGGGUUCGAGGAGCACAGCCUGGACUCGGAUUCAGACUCGGACUCUGACUCUGACUCGGACCUCUCCCUUCCUGAAGUGGAGGCCCAGCUGUACCACGAGGGCUGGGCACAGAACCAGACCGCCCUGGUGAUUGGUGGAGAGACUCACGGGCUGAGCCUGGAGGCCCUCCGAUUGGCCGAGAGGACGGAGGGUAGAAGGCUGGUGGUCCCCAUGGUCCCGGGGGUGGACAGUUUGAACUCGGCCAUGGCGGCCAGCAUUCUGCUCUUCGAAGGAAAGAGGCAGCUGAAGGCAGAGAGAUCCAGCCCGACACAGAAGGUGCAGAGACAGUGACCUCCUAGACCUUUGUAUUUAGCUGUUGCGUAUUAUUAAAAGCUGCAAUCUCCCACAGGGUGUCCACUGAAAUCAAUGACCUGCUGAGUGUUUAUCCUGCAGGUCUCGUGCUAGUAAUACAGGCAGCAGCAGCAUGCAGGGUACCUUCUCUAAGCUUUGUCGAAGCUCAAAGAGCACAGCAAUUCUUUUUUUGGUUUGUUUUGUCCCUUUCUCUAAUGCUUUGCAGAGAGUAUUUUGUAAACCAACACUUUGUUUUUCUCACAGCUCUACAGCUUUGCUCUUUGAGACGCUUGGUCUAGCGUCAGCUUUAAUUUUCCACAGUUUAAUGGUCCUUGAAUUCCAUAACAUUGGACUGUUUUGUAAUUGAAUACGAAUGACUGGCUUGUCUUCUAUGCAUUAGCUUGUCUUCUUGUGAAUGGAAUUUGACAGCUAACCGUUCCCCAGUGCCCACUUGUGCAAUUGCGUUUUUUCCCUGUGAAUUAGCUCAAACAAGAAGUCACUUCUUGCUUCUCUUUUUUUCAGAUUGUUCUCAUAACGGUAAUAAUAGUUCAGCUCUAAGGUUUCCACUGCAAUCCCAAGUAGCCCCAGCUGUUUCAGCAUAUUCACUGUAGCUCUGAAGUCUCGUACUUGCUUGAGCCAAUAAAAACUUGGCACAUCUGCUCGCUCAGAUUAAACCGAUCCAGGACGCUGCUCGGGGGUUUUAGCAUCUUUCCAAGCGUGACGAUGGAGUGCUGGGUCCCCGUCUGGGAGCAGAGCGUUCUUUAUGUGUCGGGUAACAGUGCCAGAGCGUGUGUGCGUGUGCGUGUGUGCGCGUGCAUGUGCGUGUGUGCGUGUGUGCUUCCCUCCACAUGCCCGUUGGAAGGCAUUCUUCACCCUGCUGAUUCGGGAGGCUGUUAAUUGAGGUGCAGUCCAGACUGGCGCUUUUUGGCAGGACGGCCCGUCUCUGCUUCCAAAGCAUGUGAGAGUGGAGUGUAACCCAAGCUCCUGUCUGCCAAGGAGGAAAUGCACGGCCACUUUCCGAGGGGAGGGGCUUCAUGGUUACACCCUGGGGUGUAAAGAAUAAGAGGGGGGGCAAGGCAAGGUUAAAAAAAAAAAAAAAAAUCAGAUUCUUAACCAGAAGCUGCAUUGAUGUCUAGAUGCUAAUCAGAAAAAGAUGCCGUUCUGCCUGGAUCACGCAGCAGGGGGCGCUGUAAAGACGUCAUGGAAAUAAUUUCACAUCAUGUUUAACUGAAUAGUUACUGUAUAAUAAAAGGUCUUGCAUUGAUAUCUGUUUUCUAUUGAGCUGUACUUGUGUGAAAAUGGCUGUAGAAUUUAUAAAAUGACCUUGGGGGAAGAUUCCCAGCCUUAGUCUCCAACCCCAUUCCUUGAAAGAGGGAGGGAACCCACAGAGCCGAGGGGCUGGUUUUCAUCAUGAGGGUGAAUGGGUUUGUAAUUCUGAUAAUCCUCCACAUCCAGUCCUGUCCUCCACUAUCAUUAAAUAAUGACAGCAUUAAGAGGUUUCAAUUGGGUAAGUAACACAAGGUACAGGUGAAACAAAGAGCAGGAGCUCUCUGGAUCUCAACGCCAGCACUGUGUACAGCCUGUUGUCUUUAGAACUAGAAACAGCUGUAGUACCUAUUUCCUGCCAGCAGAUGGUUCAGGGUGUAACCGAGACUGGCUUGGACAGGCUGGGUCAUUUCACUGCAGUGUAAAACCACAGGCCAGAAGCAAACACAUUAUUGUAAUGCUCUGGGAUUAAAAUUCGACAGCUUCUUCAUUUCAAUGUAAUUCACCCCGGUGUGGAUUGAUGUGUGUUUUCUAGUGGUUUUAAAGCAGCCCAAUAUCUGAUGCAAAGUGGGACAUUACAAUAGGAGGUGCCAGUCAUGAAGGGGUUAAUGACGAUAGACGGGCGUUCCACUGGUUUUAAAGGAGCUGUCGUAGUGCAGUAACAUGAAGAGGCCAUUCCCGAUGCAGAGCGAGACCCUGGAGGUAAAGGGGUUAACAAGCCCCUGGCUCAU